UGUGGCAACCAGCAAUCUGUCCUCGAUGCCUUCAGCCUUGGCCAUCUUCACUUGCCGCCCGAACUCUCAUCCGUUUCAGGAGCGUCAUGUCUACCUGGACGAGCCCGUCAAGAUCGGCCGCUCCGUGGCUCGCUGCCGGCCAGCCCAGAACAACGCCACGUUUGACUGCAAGGUGCUCUCCAGGAACCAUGCUCUUGUCUGGUUUGAUCACAAGACAGGCAAGUUCUAUCUUCAAGACACUAAAAGUAGUAAUGGUACCUUUAUCAAUAGUCAGAGACUGAGUAGAGGAUCUGAGGAAAGCCCACCAUGUGAAAUAAUGUCAGGUGACAUCAUCCAGUUUGGUGUCGAUGUGACGGAGAACACGCGGAAAGGUAAGGUUACCCAUGGAUGUAUAGUCUCCACAAUCAAACUGUUCCUUCCAGAUGGAAUGGAAGCUCGAUUGCGAUCAGAUGUUAUCCAUGCUCCAUUACCAAGUCCUGUUGACAAGGUUGCUGCUAACACUCCCAGUAUGUAUUCUCAGGAAUUGUUUCAGCUUUCACAGUAUCUACAAGAAGCCUUACAUCGGGAACAAAUGUUGGAACAGAAGCUGGCAACCCUUCAGCGAUUACUUGCUGUCACACAAGAGGCUUCAGAUACUAGUUGGCAGGCUUUAAUAGAUGAAGACAGGCUGCUAUCGAGACUAGAGGUUAUGGGAAAUCAGCUACAGGCUUGUUCAAAGAAUCAAACAGAAGACAGUAUACGAAAAGAGCUUAUAGCAUUACAGGAAGACAAACACAACUACGAGACAACAGCCAAAGAGUCCCUGAGGCGGGUCCUCCAGGAGAAAAUUGAAGUGGUCAGAAAAUUGUCUGAAGUGGAGCGGAGUUUAAGUAAUACAGAAGAUGAAUGUACACACCUGAAAGAAAUGAAUGAGCGGACUCAGGAAGAAUUAAGGGAAUUAGCUAAUAAAUACAAUGGAGCUGUAAAUGAAAUCAAGGAUCUUUCUGACAAACUAAAGGUAGCAGAAGGAAGACAAGAAGAAAUCCAACAGAAAGGACUGGCUGAGAAAAAGGAAUUGCAGCAUAAAAUAGAUGAAAUGGAGGAAAGAGAGCAAGAGCUUCAAGCAAAAAUAGAAGCUUUGCAGGCCGACAAUGACUUCACCAACGAGCGCCUGACAGCUUUACAAGUACGGUUAGAACACCUUCAGGAGAAAACUCUUAAAGAACACAACAGCUUAGGCAUACAAGUUGACGACUUCAUACCUAAAAUUAAUGGGAGCACAGAGAAAGAGCACUUUCUUUCAAAGAGUGGAGGGGACUGCACUUUUAUUCAUCAGUUCAUAGAAUGUCAGAACAAGAUCAUAGAUGAAGGACAUCUAACCAAAGUGGAAGAAACAAAGCUUUUGAAAGAGAAUCAGGCACGAGUCAAAGAAUCCAACGAUCUGUCGGACACUCUCAGCCCGAGCAAGGAAAAAAGCAGCGACGACACUACAGAUGCUCAAAUGGAUGACCAAGAUCUAAAUGAACCUAUUGCUAAAGUAGCUCUUCUAAAAGAUGAAUUGCAGGGUGCACAAUCAGAGACUGAGGCUAAGCAAGAAAUUCAGCAGCUGCACAAGGAGCUGAUUGAAGCCCAAGAGCUAGCUAGGACAAGUAAACAAAAAUGCUUUGAACUUCAAGCACUCUUGGAAGAAGAGAGAAAAGCAUAUCGAGUGCAAGUUGAAGAAUCUAACAAGCAAAUAAAUGCUCUGCAAGCCCAGCUGCGAAGGUUACAAGAAGAAAUUGAGAACCUUCGUAAGGAAAAGGAGAAUGAAAUUUCCAGCACUCGAAACGAACUGGUCAGUGCUCAGAAUGAGAUUCUGUCCCUCCAGCAAGUAGCAGAAAAGGCAGCAUCGGAACGAGACACAGAUAUUUGCACUCUGCAAGCAGAGCUGCAGACGGUGCGAGCGGAGCUGGAGCGGUGGCGCAAAGAUGCCUCGGAUUAUGAGAAAGAAAUUGUGGACCUGCAGGCCAGUUUUCAGCUCAGGUGCCAGCAGUGUGAGGAUCAGCAGAAGGAAGAGGCCUCUCGCCUAAAAGGUGAACUUGAAAAGCUGAAGGCAGAGUGGCUUGCCCUGGAAGCUGAAUGUGUUAAACUAAGGAAGGAAAAUACUUUGCUUACAUCUGAACUUCAGCGACAAGAGAAGGAGCUUUCUAGCUCUCAGAAACAGAGUUUAGCGCUAACCAGCGAUAUCAGCGUUCUUGAAAUGUCCCGAAAGGAGCUGGAAAAUCAGAUGGGAUCUUUGAGAGAAAAACAUCAACGGGAUGCAGCUAGCCUGAAAACUCAGCUCAGUGAAGCUGAGAGUCAAGCAAAAGAUGUUCAGAAAGAGUAUGAAAGAACACAGACCGUGCUCUCGGAGCUGAAGGCAAAGUAUGAGGUGGCUGAGCAGGAAAAGCAGUCACUGACAGAAGAGCUCAAACAGUGUAAGGAGAACCUGAAGCUGCUACAAGAAAAAGGAAACAACCCUUCCAUAUUACAACCCGUCCCAGCCGUAUUCAUCGGCCUAAUCCUGGCUUUCCUGUAUUGGUGUUACGGCCCAUUGUGGUAGCGAAAGAGACAAUGGCCUUGGAUGCCUGUGAUGGCAGCUUUGGUUGCUGUGACAGCCGUGGUGCUGUACCCAGGCCUAACCAGAGCUUCUCCAUGAGAACUGUUGUUGAAUCCAUACACCGUCCUCCCUUUAGAAGCUGGCAACAUUCAUAUACUGAGGGAAAAAAGAUUAAUUCUCUUCCUUUUUACCUCUUAAUACAGCACAGCUCUGCGUGAGAACAGCAGUAGGGUCAUUUGCUUUAAACUGUAUAAAAUGUAUCUGUCUAUAAAGAGGGAAUAAAAUUGUGAUUCAUCAUACUGUGAGCAAUAUUUUUGCUUACAACUUCAUGCAAGUUUUAAAUUAGUAUGCUGGGGUUCUGAAUACUAUAAUGGUGGCCUAAAGUAGGCUUCUUGGUACCAAAUUAUUUAUAAUGGCUAGGGUUGUGGACACUGACUUUAGAAUCUGAUUGCCAGAAAGAAGAGGAAAAUACAUUUCUGAUUUGGACAUCCAAGCCAAGUAACUUUGCAGAUACUUGGGAAACAGAUGCAGUGUGCUCAGUGCCUUUCAGUACGAUCUAUUUUUUUUUUAAACUAGUGUAUCAUUUUACUUGCUGUCAGUCACUGAGCUGUUGGGAACAAGACUUUAAGAAAACUUCUCCUACCACGCCUUUCGAAGGAAGCAUAUUUUUCUUCAAUAAGGAUUGCUUUAUUGAUGGGUUUGGGGAAUAAACACAAUUCAUGUCCAGCCUUAAAGAGAUAGAGAUACUGAUGGUGAAGAGCAGCCUGAAGUAUUCGGUGUGCGCGUGUGCGAGUGUAGCAUGUGUGUGUUCUUGAGUGAGCUGAGGUGUUUCUGGGAGCAAGUACUUGGUCAUUUGAUGGACAUAGUGCAGUGAUUCAACUUACGUUAACUUUAGUUUGAAUGUAAUUUAUUAAAUUUCAUAUAUUUAAAGAGAUGCGUUCUUUAAAAGUAUGAAUACCUUCUCACAUAUCACAUGUAUCAGUUUAUUUUUUCAGUCAUUUGAUACUCUCUGACUUGAGCUGGAGCAGCUCUUUAGAUAAGCUUUUGUUGACGUAACUUUAUUAAGAGAACUGCUACAGCACGUCUGUGAUUAGCUGAAAACAUCUAAGAUACAUAAAAUGCUACAGAAUUGGAAUCAUAUGCCUGCUGAAGUAUGGUCAGGUGAAGAUGAUUUUAAUUUGGUAGUAAAAUUUUGUGCAUCCUCAUCACAUGGCUGUAAGUAUGAUGCAGUGGUCCCCAUUAUAAAGUUGAUUUUCCUUAUCUAAGUACUAUAACUAUUGCUGUUUGCUGACUUUUGGUGGGAAUCACUGUAGUUAGUGCUGAAUUCAAUGUAGACUGUAGUUGUCUUGUUCAGCUCAACAGUUCUGUCAAAAAAGUUUAUUAAAGACUUAAAUACUAUGCUAAAGAAUGGUAAAGUAAAAUGGCUCUGCUAAAGGAAACUUCAAAAUAGGGAGGUAAUCUCAGCAAUUCAAUUGGCUUUAAAGGAUGUUAUGGCAAUCGACAGAUAGUUUAAAUAAUUAAAUAGAAAUUUAGUAUAUAAUUUACUUUGUGAGGUUUUAAGGGUCAUUGUCCUUUAAUUAAAAGUUCUAUCUUAAUUUACAUGGGAUUUGCUAAUGGGAGGAUUAUUAGUUGGAAAAAAUAGUCCACAAGUGACUUGUAGAAAAUAAAUAAUGUCAUUUAGUUCAUUCAUUUCAUCCUUUUCAGUUGCAGGAAGCCACCCAACCACAGAACACUCGUAUGCCAGUGGUACUUAGUACCUCUUGUAUAUAGGUUAUUGCAAAUAUUGUUCUGAAAUGCUUAACUUCAGAAUUACAUUUUUUAAAGUAAAUAAUUGUUUUAAAUCUAUUUUGUAAAGAUAUAAAAAUACAAUAGAAUUUCUGGAGUACAGAUUAAACUAUUUGCACUAACACACGUGAUGUGCAUGAUUUAAUAAAAUAACUUUACUCUCCCUA